GGGGGUGGGGGGUGGGGGUGGGGACAGGUGUCCCCCUGAAAUAGAGCGCAAGCUGCAGCCUGAGUUUGGCCGUAACCCAGGAAGUAACGUCAGUUAACAACGUUAAAGACAUUGUGCUAGUUGCUAUGGAGAAUAUAAAAACCCAAGAAGACAAUAUCCCUGCCCUCAAGAAGUUUACAGUUGAGAGACAGCCAUACCAAAAGAAAGACUAUAAUAAAUACUUUAAAGGAAAGACAGGUAAGAAUGACCACUUUAACUCACCGGGCCCGUCGUACAGAAGUAGGGAAGAACUCUGAAAAGAAGGUGGAAAGUGAGGAAGACACUAAUCAAGAUAGAAGUCAAGACAAUGAGGACACUGAAGACUCUAAGGAUAUCCGCCUCACGCUUAUGGAAGAAGUAUUGCUCCUGGGACUAAAAGAUAAAGAGGGUUACACAUCUUUCUGGAAUGACUGCAUAUCAUCUGGCCUGCGAGGGGGCAUCCUGAUAGAGCUGGCCAUGCGAGGUCGAAUCUAUCUAGAACCCCCCACCAUGCGUAAGAAGCGACUACUAGACAGAAAGGUACUACUAAAGUCAGACAGCCCAACGGGUGAUGUUUUACUGGAUGAAACUCUCAAACACAUCAAAGCAACUGAACCCACAGAAACUGUCCAAACAUGGAUAGAGCUACUCACUGGUGAGACCUGGAACCCUUUCAAAUUACAGUACCAGCUGAGAAAUGUAAGAGAGAGAAUUGCAAAGAACCUAGUAGAGAAGGGUAUUCUAACCACUGAGAAGCAGAAUUUCCUCCUAUUUGACAUGACUACUCACCCAGUGACCAAUACAACAGAGAAGCAGCGACUAGUGAAAAAGCUUCAAGACAGUGUCCUAGAGCGGUGGGUAAAUGACCCUCAGCGUAUGGACAAGCGAACACUAGCACUACUGGUGCUAGCCCACUCCUCUGAUGUGCUAGAGAAUGUCUUCUCCUCUCUGACAGAUGACAAGUAUGAUGUGGCAAUGAAUCGGGCCAAGGACCUAGUGGAACUGGACCCUGAGUUAGAGGGGACAAAGCACAGUGCCACAGAGAUGAUCUGGGCUGUGCUGGCAGCCUUCAAUAAAUCCUAAAGCCAGCAGGUGGGUUUCUCCUUUUCCCUUGCUGGCCAGUGACUGUCAGAGACACCAUCACCAAGCUUUGUGUGAUGAGAUGUUUUCCAUCAUGUUUUUUCCUUCUCUUGAAUCAAACUCGUUAUUUGGGGAGAGCAACUUCAAGGCUCCUGUAUAGACCUUGACUAUUAUAAGCAGACUUUAUUUUUCCCUAUACUUCCACUCCAGAGGUGAAUAAACUGGGUGAACCAACACACAACCAAUAAAUAAAAAUUUUCUCUCAUUUCUUGGUUUACUUCCAUCUAGUGUGCUUUUGCACUAGCAGGAAUAUCUAAGUGAGAUUUGGAUUUCUCUAGCCACAGAAUGUGAAUGAGAUAUAGAGCAAACCAUUUAUCAUAUUUUUAAAAUUUUAUUUUCCAUUUUAAAUAUAUGUUUUCAGUCUGUCUCUCAGGCUCUGCUAAGUAAUGUAGCUUGUUGAAGUAACCAUCUCUUUGAAUAAGGGGCAAUGGAAACAAAACUAAUUUUUGGAGCA